AUGUUCAAAUGGCUGCUGUUGGCAUCAGCGCUGUCUGUAGUUAUGGCCGACGGAAAUAGCAGUAGCCCGGUAAAGAUAGACGCAGUCUGACUAAAGUUGUAGAUUAUAGGCUGGAACUUCGGGUACGUUGAAUAUCCACUGAUCGGGUCGUCAUGGCUGCUUCUUGCAGGAAUUGCAAAAAUUGGUAAGCUUUUUUACUUUUUUAUCUUUUCAUAAUACUAUGCAGAGGUCCUAUUGAUUUUUAUGUGCUUGUUAAAAAGGUAUAUUUACCGUAUUUUCAGUCUUCCAUGUAAAUAAGCGCUUUGGCGAAACCUUCCCGGACUCCGGCCUUUUAAUUGUCGUUGGAAUAUGUCUUGGACUGCUGCUGAAGCUGACCUCGGUCAGUGAGCAGAUGUAUUCCAUGGAUUCGCAGAUCUUUUUCCUCUACCUUCUCCCACCCAUCAUCCUAGAGGCCGGUUAUUUUAUGCCUAGCCGAGCCUUAUUCGACAACUUUGUCCCAAUUAUGACAUUCGCGGUUUUUGGGACCAUCUUUAACGCCAUCACAAUUGGAGGGAGUUUGGCGUUGAUAUCUGCUACAACAAGUUGGUUUAGCAUCGACAUCUCCAUGAUUGAGGCUUUUCUUUUUUCCUCCCUGAUCAGCGCUGUGGAUCCUGUGGCUGUCAUCGCUGUCUUCGAAGAAAUUCAGAUUAACGAAUUUCUCUUCGUCAAUGUUUUUGCUGAAUCUUUAUUCAACGACGCUAUUGCCGCUGUAAUUUUCCGAAUGUUUAAUCGACUGUCGGUAGCGGGAUCCGGUGGAUUGGGACCUCAAGACUUUGUUGUUUUUGGUGCUUCUUUCUUUACAAUGGCCUUGGGAGGGACUCUGAUUGGGGUCGUAUCUGCACUGUUGUGUGCGGUGCUAACCAAGUACACACAGCGAGUCAAGGUCAUCGGAGCUGUGUUCGUAUUCGUGGUCCCAUAUUUGGGAUAUCUGGUGGCGGAGAUGUUCGAGUUCUCUUCAAUCUUGGCGUAGGUUUUGGCCACUUCUCCAUGGCUUAAAUCUUUGACUUUUAAACCUUUCAAAUCAUGGUUUUCAGAAUUUGCUGGUGCGGAAUAGUGAUGAAGCAGUACAUCAAAUGUAACAUUACUCAUGACGCGGCUUCCUCUGUCAAAUACUUUGUGAAAAUGCUCGCGCAAUCCAGUGAAAUUGUUGUUUUUAUGUUCCUCGGAUUGUCGGCCAUUUCAUCGGAAAGCGAGUGGGACUAUGGGUUCAUUGGGAUUACGCUGGCCGCCACGCUGAUCUUCAGAACUAUCGGUAGGUUUUUUUUCAAAAUUUUGCGGCCAUUCCGAUCGAUACAUACGUGUAAUCAGUGCGAUCAAAAAGAUACUUUUGUGCGAUUACUAUGCAACUGUUUGCCAACUCAAAGAAUAUUCAGUUUGUUAUAGACAGGCAAGACUAUGCAGUCACUCCACUCCAAAAAAUGGCUUCUAUAAAUUGUCCGUGAUAAGGGUUUAUCGGCGCGCUGAUAGUGGCAAGGUUUACAAAAAUAUGGCCCGAUCUUCGUUGUGAACACGCUUAAAUUAAGGUGACAAAGUUCAGAGAGGCGAUAAGAAAAGAUCUGAUGCAAUUAAGAAAACAUUGCAAAAAUCUUUAUAGUAAUUUACAAAUCAAAUGUAAAAAAGGCAAAAUAAACGUAUUUCAGGGGUCGUAAUUCAAUGUGCUUUCCUGAACCGGUAUCUGCACAAAAAGUUUUCAUUCGAGGAUCAAUUUGUGAUGGCAUAUGGAGGAUUAAGGGGAGCUAUUGCAUUCGGCUUACUCAGCUCUAUCCCAUCAACCGUCGACGCUGAAAAGAAGGCCGUAUUUACGUCAACUACGAUUACAGUAAUCUGCUUUACAGUCUUCUUUCAAGGCGCCACCAUCAGACCUUUAUUGAACUGGCUAAAAGUUGAGCGUCAAAAAAUUGAAGCCGCUACUAUGGUGGAAAAUGUUUAUAACAAGGUAAAGCUGUACGAUAGCUUCUUAUUGCAUGAUGACAAUUCCAGUACUUUGACUUUGCAAUGGCUGGAGUGGAAGAGAUUACCGGCCAACGAGGCUCUCAUUCCGUCCGCGAUUGGUUCGAACGGAUGAAUGCCCAAUAUCUAAAGCCAUAUCUGACAAAACAACGGGAACGCAAAGUGUUCGAUGCCACUCAAAUCGUCCGAGCCUAUCAGAAAAUUGCAUUAAGAGAGACAAUGGAGCACGUAUCAAUCGACCGCAAGAAGAAGGGGCAUAGUGAGCCUGAAACUCACAUGUUUUUGACGAAUAUGAGGCAGAAAGUGGACAAGGCCGACUUGGAAGAGGUAGGUGUCGGGAUUGCCAAAGGAGAAAAGGGCAAGGCGGUACGCGCAAAUGUUUAUUACCUUCGGCAUUAAAUGGUACAUGAAGACGCCUAGCAGAUGACAGUAGCCAAAUUUUAUAAAAGAUAAUUCCAGUUCCUGAAGUCCCCCGAGAACGCGGCCGCAGUUUAUGCCAUGUUCAGCCCUCUGAUUGACAAUCAAAUCAAAGAAUUCAUCAUCUCCCAACGGCAACUCCCUCAUUCAGUUACCGGUGAUAUAAUUGAUGACAUAAAGGACGAUGUGUUGAGUGAACACCAAAUUCCAAGGAACAGAAAACAUUCCUCCACCAGUGGGAGUGCCAAUGAACUAGAAAUAGAAGUAUGA